AUGGAACAAGAAGGUCAUUUGGAUAUACAACAGGGCUUGCCGUCGCAAACUGCGAACGAUCUCUUUGACUACGAUGUCGGCUUGGAUGAGAUACUACAGCACACCCCAACCGAGUCUAACAUAAAUGCACCCAGGCCGUCUACUAUACCCGGCGAUACCGGUUUAGGUCUUGGACUUGAUGAAGAAGUCAAGGUUACUAGAAAACGACAGCCCGUCGCUAAACUAGAUGAAACACGGUUACUGUCUCAAGCUGGUAUACCUAGGCUACGCCGCACAGCCAAACAGAAGUUGAAAUUCAAAGGAAAGGGACAUGAGUUUUCUGACGCGGCCCGCUUAUUACAGUUCUAUCAGUUGUGGCUUGAUGAUCUCUUCCCUCGUGCAAAGUUCGCUGAUGGACUAACUAUUAUCGAAAAACUCGGCCAUCAUAAACGCCUUCAAGCUAUGCGCAGAGAAUGGAUAGAAGGGGAGAAACCAAGAGCCCGCAUAGAUGAUACAACACAAGAUUUACAAGCAGAUCGAUCGAGCCUACCGAUUGCGAUAACCACUAAAAAUCAUCAUGCUGUGGAUGCGCAUAUAUCUUCAUCUCAUAGCGUUGGCCAUAGCAGAGUCGAUAAGGAACCGUCGACCGAAGAAUCAGAUGUUCCUGCUCACGGAUUGUUCAUGCUUGAUGAUAGUAAUUACCGCGCGAUCGCACGAGACGUUCCUGAGGAUGGUGACGAAUUGGAAACCCUUUUGAGAGAGCAGCAGUGCGAUGAUGCUACAACUAAGAAUCCCUUGGCCUUGGUUGAUUUGGUCGCCGACGGCGAUGGAUUCGAGGCCAUGGAAGAAUUAAAUGUUUUAACUCCGACAUGA